UGCAAGUCCACGUUUACCUUGUAACCUACAUGUGGGAAGUUCGUAAAGUUGUUGUAUGAACUUGACUGUAUAUCUUUGGAAUUAAUAUAGGUAUAAGCCGUUCUCCGAAAGCUUGAUAGAUGAUUUGAUGUCAAUGAAUGGAACACUAUCGGUUGGAUUCUACCUAGAUCGUCCUCUCGGAGCCACUGAAUAAUGAGUAAUCUUGACGAAGACGGGGCAUCUCCAUCUGUUCCUGGUGAGAUGAGCUCGGAGAUUCGGACCAGCGAGACAACACAGGACAUCUCUCCACCACCUUCUUACACAGAGACUACGAAUUUCACUAUCACAUCUGAACAGAAUUCAGAAACCAGGAUUUCUAAUGGAUAUGAGCAGCCCCUAGAAAGUAAUGUUGUGUCCACAGCCAACGAAAAUAUACAAGAAGGAGCACUCACCACUACACUUCGAACAGACAGUGAUAAUGUAAGGCCUUCACGUGGGUUGUGGCCGUAUGAUUCGUGUGUGAUAUUCGCCUGUUUCAGCUGUGUCGUGGGAAUUUACAACAUUAGCAGGUUUGCUGUCUUGGUACAUGUAUACAAAGCCUGUUUUUUCGUCGAAUUUAUAAUUCUAUCGUGUGUAUUUGGCUUCCCAUUCCUCUAUCUCCAGAUGGCGCUAGGACAGUAUAUAGGGUCUGGGCUAACAGACAUGUGGUACAUAACCCCAGCAUUCAAAGGAGUGGGACUAGCCAUGCUUUACCUAUAUGUGCUGCUAGGUGUGUACACAUCUGUGCCCAUCAGCUGGCUAUUCCUGUAUUUUAAAGAUUCUUUCAUAACCACCAGAGACACGUACAAAUGGGGCCAGUGUAAUCCGAAAUUUGGUCUUCGUUCCUGUUUAGAAAGUCGGAAUCUUUCAACAGAUGCUUACUUGGGAUGGUCAGUGCCAAAUUAUUUCCAUGGUCGAAUUUUGGGAAGACGACCUGGAGCACACCACCACAGAGAAGAAUUUAACUUUGAGAUAACCUUUAAUCUAGCUGUCAUUUGGUUAUUAGUCUUCAUUAUUCUAAGUAGAGGAAUCCGUCUGUAUGGAAAGUUAACGUAUGUCAUUGUUGUUGUUCCUCUUUCUUCACUGCUUAUAAUGUCUGUGCGGAUGAUGGAAGUAUGGGGGAAUGCAUUGACUGAAUUAUUUGAUGUGCAAUGGAAAACAGUGCUAAUCGACUCGUCCUCGUGGUUUCUGGCUGCUAGAGAAGUGUUUCUUACGUGGGUUCUGUAUGGUGGUGUAGUUCUUCAACUUUGUAGCCACAACAAAGCUACAUCAAACAUCACCAGGAACAUGGCAAUUGUGGGAAUUGGAGGAACGUUAACUCUCAUAUUAUCGUCGUUUUUCUCCGUUUGUAUAAUGAAGUCUAUAUCUGCCAGGAACAUGACGUAUGUUCCUUCAUCUUAUGAGAUUGAGCAAACAAUUAAGUGUCUCCAACCAUCAUCGUGCUCUUCAAUAAGUGGAAUGAACUCCACGCCAAUAAACCUUGUGAUUGGCGAGAAGUUCCCAUCUUCAAGUGGUCUGUCCGUUACUAGUGGUUACCAAGUCCUUCGUCUGGCUACAGAGAUCUUUCCAUCAGCUUUGGCGGUACAGGGCGUUAAUGUCAUAUCAUCUUUCUGGCCCAUUUGUUUCUAUUUCAUGAUGAUCAUCUUCGGUCUUGCUCAAAUUACUGUUAUAUGGAUAACUGUGGUGGAGUCGAUUAUAGCCAUUAAGCCGAAUAUAUUACUAGGCUGGCAGACAGUCAUAACUCUAACUUCUUGCACAGCUGGGUUUUUGCUUGGAUUGCCUAUGACUAGUACGAUUGGCAUUUUCGUUUUAUAUUUUAUGGACUUUUGUGUUGGCUCCCUCUGGUGGAUUUCUAUAUUGUACAUGGUUAUGUUGAUAGCAAUACUAUUUAUAAGAGGUCGGCCAUAUGGGACUGACCAACUAGUCACCGUGAUUGCUCGGUCACAGUCCAAUCAGAUCUGGCUUCUCCCAAUUCUGACCUUCCAGUGGAAUGUCGUUUUACCUGUAAGUUUUAUGGUCUUGUCAAUUUCUUUCCUGCAAUCCGGGAACUCUUCGUCCAUGUGGGCUGAUUACGCGGAGGAGUAUCCUUUCUGGGCGCCUUGGGUAAAGAAGUUGUCAAUGCUGAUUCAAGUCUUGCCUCUUAUCUCAGUAGUAGGUGUAGCCAUUUUCCAGGGGUUUCUAUAUUUGAAACCUUCUUCCACACAAGCAUUUCAUGAGAGAAUCCAGUCGUUGUGUUUUCCUGCUUUUGCCUCUGCAAACAUAACUUCUGGUGUUAUAGGUGAUGGUGCCAACCGAACUUCAACUAUAGGAGUGAUUAACACAGCCUACGAAGAAGAUCCACCACCAAAAUACACCCCGCCUCCUUCGUAUUCUUCUGCAACUGCUCGGAUGAUGGUACAUUUUUUAAAUCGAAGACAUUCAGUGAUGGAUUUAGCCACAGGACAAAGUACGUCUUUAGCAGACAGUCCUAACAUAGCCUCAGUGGAGCUUGUGUCAUACGAACCUCAACCAGAAAACAGUGUUUCUGUUGUACCUAAAUGUAAUUAAUAUUUUGGUCUGAAAGUACAACAAUCUAAUUAAAGAUGUGAACUAGAUAUAUACUUAUUGCAGCAAUAUGAACGAGUUCAAAUAGUAAGCGUGUGGUUUACAUGCACAUCGAUUUGUUUGUCUCUCCGUCUCAGUGUAUUAUCUGCCCUUCUUUAUCACCUGAUUCUGUGUUUAUCUCCUGUCUCUGUGUCUCUCUAUGUAUGUAUGUGUGUUGUGUGUGUGUAUAUAUAUGAUAUGGUAUUAACCACACCUCAACAUGUAUACGAAUGACGUCUACCACAAAAAUACCCGCCUACUUCUUAAUCUUACGCAGUGCAAAGAAGAUGACAAACAUUUUGAAUCGAAACCAUUCAGUUCUAGGCGGGAAAGUACUUUUUUAGGUUUUAUAUAUUUAAGCAAGUUGAUAUAAUUAUAUCUGUAAGUGAAUCUAAUCAUUAAAAUAAAAUAACUAAUUUCAAACAUUUCAGCUGUUGUACAUUUAAACAUUUGAUAUUUGUAUAUAAAAAUGUUAUAAUCGUCUCGAGGCUACGUUGCUGUAAAUAGCUGUUAUGUUUGUAACUGUGACAUAAUCUAGUGAUUAUAAAUCUUUAACAAAAGAGUACAAUAAACGUCUCCAAUGCGGUGUAUUUCUCAUUUUGUGUACAGAAUGUAUUGAAACUCGCCAGGAACUGUACAGAUGCAAGUUGGGGAUUUCUACAGGCGAAACCAAAAUAGAAAGUACAAUUACUUGAUUUUUAUCUUGAUGAAUAACAGGUAUUAACUAAUUCGUAUUAGCAUGUAACAGCUGUCAAUUCUGGAAAACAUUAUACAAAAUAAAUAUUCAAAAUAUGUU